CUUGGCGCAUCGCAGCAGCGUCGAGGGGCUUGAAUUGCGGCGCCAGCGGAGACAGCCUCAGCUCUGCCGGGCUGGCGCUGAGGAGGAUGAAGGGCUUCCUCCGGCUGUUUUUGGGCUACUUGCUGGCGGACCUCCUCAGCCUGUGGUGCCGAGCCCAGGAGAAAGCCGGGCAGCACUUGGGCAGCAUCGUGAUGUUAUCCGGGGGCAACCAGAGCCACGGCGGAGGGGAACAGGGCAUGGACGCCUCGGAGCCGCCCCCGACCCCGGAGGAAUGCCGGGGCUACUUCGACGUGAUGGGCCAGUGGGACCCGUCGUUCAACUGCAGCGUCCGGGAGUACCCGUUCUGUUGCGGCACUUGUGGCUUCCGCUUCUGCUGCAAGUACCACAAAGGCCGCUUGGACCAGGAUAUCUGCACCAACUACAUCAAGCCUCCCUGGCUGAACGGGCGCAAGAUCACCAACCGGCCCGACGGCCCUCCCCACGACCCCACCCGGGACAAAACCAACCUCAUCGUCUACAUCAUUUGCGGCGUGGUGGCCGUCAUGGUGCUUGUGGGCAUCUUCACCAAACUGGGUUUGGAAAAAGCGCACCGACCCCAGCGAGAGCACAUGUCCAGAGCUCUUGCUGAUGUUAUGCGACCAGAAGCUCCCUGCACGACAGAUCAUAUGGAAAGAGAUCUCAACAUCGUGGUCCAUGUGCAACAUUACGAGAACAUGGAGACGAGACCGCCUGCAAAUAACUUGCAUUCAACACAGAUGAAUAACGUGGUGCCAACGUCACCUCUCCUCCCACAGUUGACGCAUCCACAUUCCUUCCCAAGCAUGGGGCAGAUCACAAAUCCGUACGAACAGCAGCCACCGGGAAAGGAGCUUAAUAAGUACGCAUCUCUAAAAGCAGUAGCUGACAAAGGCAGCGACGACUUCUACUCGAAACGGCGCCAUCUUGCGGAACUGGCUGCGAAAGGGAGCUUGCCGCUCCACCCGGUGCGCGUCGAGGACGACCGGCCGUACAUCCUGGAAGGUGGGACGAUGAAACAAAACGGGCAGAAGUCCAAGGCCACAAAGCCACACAUGCACCCUUUAGCAUACAAAACCUGGGACCCUAGCGACCAGUCCCUCCGGAGGCAGGCCUAUGCAACCAAAGGGAGGAACCUCGCUGGGGACCCUGCCGUGAGCGACCCGCUGACCACACGGAGUCAGCACUACUUGCCCACACAGCCAUACUUCUUCACCAACAGCAAGACGGAAGUGACUGUUUGA